GGAAGUAAUGCCUUGUGGCUUCACUCCCCUCCACUAGACUUGGGACCCGGAAGUGGGGAGUGCUGGCAAACAUACACUGACCCAGUGGGCUGCCCAGUAGCUUAGGGGGGAAGGGAAAGAAAUUAGAGAAACAGGAAGCAGCAGGUGACCCGAGUGGGAGCUGGACAACUUGUGGCACUGGGACUGCUCAGGAGCGUUCAUGGCAUGGGAUUGAUCUGCAUGUUUGUGUUCACAUAUUCCUGGCCUGAGCUGGGGGAGGACUGGGAGUCUAAUGGCAUCACAGCAAUAAAUCCAAAUGUUGUCUGUAAAUCCAGAAACAAGCUUCCGCUCAAUGAGGACUGAGGAUUUAGAGUCAAUGGUUCAAGCUCUUGCUCAUAUUCUGCAGGACCAUGGGGACGGUGUGCUGGACGGGAGCCACAGCCUGACCCUUCUCACCCCAAGCCUGCAAGUUGUCACCCGCCUGUUUGAGCAGCUCUUCCCACGGGGCCCAGGAUCCGGGUUCCAGGCACUUCCGGCCCACCCUACGGAUAGCGGUGCCGUUCUGGGCUCACAGUUUGUGCUCGAUCUCGUGCAGAAAACGCCAGGUCUGAAGCUUAUCCACCCUGCAGAAUGUCCCCAACAGUGUGAUGUGAAUAUUUUUCCAUUUAAGUCCUUAAAAUGUUUAGAGGUAAGAUGUCUCCCCCCACACUGCCUGAGGGGGCUGCGAGGGGUUUACUCACAGCUGGAGGUACUCAUCUUCUCAGAAUGUGUCACCAGCAUAGAGGAGGUAAUCUCUUCCUGUGGUGGGGAUCUGAGUUCAGCCCUACCCUGGUUGGAACUGCACACGCUCAACUUAAGCAACAACAACAUCCACAGCCUGGACCAGUCCCUGGAAUUGUUGAACAUCCUUCGGUCUUUAAACUUAAGUCGCAAUUUCAUCAAAGACUGCGGCCCACAUUUAAAGAUUCUGUCUGAGCUCCAGGAACUGAAUCUGGGGUAUAAUUUACUGGAGUCCAUCCCGGAACUCAGCUUACAGUCCAGUGUACAGCUCCACACCCUUAUCCUAAGUCACAACAGGCUGUCCAGUACCAGAGGACUGGAACAUCUCUCAAACCUUCAGCAUUUAAACCUGUCCUAUAACUUGCUGGCCCAUCCCGUACAGCUCACUUGUUUAACUCGCCUCCAUAACCUAAAAGAGCUCCACCUGAAGGGAAACCCGCUGUGCUACGUCCCAGAGCAUCGAGCGCUGAUCGCCCAACACCUAUCCCAUAAAGCCUUUGACAAGGUUUUACUGGAUGGGGAGCAGAUAACCAUAUUGGAGAUAGCAAUGACUGAUCAUGUGUAUAGAGAGCGGAUAAUGCUGCCACAAUGCUUCAAUUCAGCCACAGAGAGUUCCUGCACCGGGGAAAUGAGCGACAGCUGUUCCGUCCCCGAGAGGAUCGCCAACCGGAUCCCCCGCAAAAAAUCCAAGAUUAAAGUCCGCAGAGCCAGCAUCUCGGAACCCAGCGACAGCGAGUGCGAGCGGGAGCUGCGGAGUCAGCCAGUAGUGGUUCUGCAACACCAAAAAGACAUUGAGCGCACAGAUAGCUUCCGUGAACAGUUUGGCGACGAUUGGCUGCAGUACCGCUCUCACCUGGAGGAGGAGCUCAACAAAGACAAAAAUGGAAAUGGGAGUCCCAGAAGACCCGCGUCUUCCCAGCCUUUCACGAAGAGCAAGUCAUCCCCCAUAAUACUGCAGACCGCUGGCAGAACGGACAGCCUGUCACCUGUCCCUGCAAACCCGACUCCAGCUAGACCUCCCACCCCGGAGGUCACUACAGUCACUGCAGCCGCAGAUCUGCUGAUAGAGAAGAUAGAGGAUGUCCUGGAGGAUGGAUUGUGGCAGCCAGACAUCGAUAAUAAAGAAGUGGAGGAGGAGGAGGAGGAGGAGAUUAUAGAAGAUGCCCUGUGCUUGCCAAUAACCGUGUGCCCUAUUUUGGAUGGGAAGCCACGUAACCCUGAAUGGCCAUGGGUCUUUGUGCGUGUGACUCGCCAGCACCUCCUGGAGAUCGAUCUGGAACGUGGAAGGAUUCUGCUCCGGAGGGAGCUUCAAAGUUUGCGGGAUAUUCAGACCUCCGUCAUCCAAUGGGACUGGAAUGAGGAGGAGCAAGAAUUUCCUGUGCUGACGCUGUUCUUCCGUUCGAUGUGUGAGGAAAAGCAGUGUGCCCGCUACGUGGUGCUGGACAACACGUCUGAGAUCUCCAUAAAGACACUGCUGGAUGUGUUGAAUCCCAUUCUGGAAGAGAAUCUGAGACUGAUUGCCGAGGGGGAAGAAGGUCCUCCCAAACUCAAGUGUCUCAAGUGUAAAACGGAAUUCAUCCACCAAGAUGACAGCGGCGUUGUCUUCAGCGCGGAAGGAGAGGGGCAAACGCAGGACAAUAAUCACUCAGAUCAUACCGGCUGCCCGUCCUGCGGCAGUUUCCACGUCAUCCUGGCCCCGGUAGACCAGACCGGCUACUCCAGCACGCCAACACAAUCCUCUCCCAGUGACCUACCACCAGAGGGCGCUGAAAGCAGGGGGCAAAAGUUCUAUCUGGCUGGAGAUGAAAGAGACGGUUCAGAAACGAGCAGCUGUCUGGGUGGCAGCGACAGCCUAUUGAACGGCACGACCGUCUCGGAGGCCAACGUUACCGGCCUGACUGGAAGUUAUAGAUCUUGCACUGCGACCCCUCCGGUCAGACACAAUAGCAUGGUGCUCCAAGACAACUGGCAAGUUAGUCCAACCUCUGUCAGCCCCGAUCAGAUCCUGGAUUUCCGGCUAGUGGAUCACCGUCUAAAGUUGUAUCUUGAUAUGGAGAUCUUAGUUGGGGAAAUGGAGGAAUUCCAGUGUUAUAUGAAGGUGAGACCUUGUUUCGGGGGACGUAAGGUCGGGUUCUGCACAGCUUUUAGGCUGACCAUAUAGUAUUCAAUUUCUUUCUUGUGUUUAAC